AUGCCCGUGGCUGUCCAGGGGCGGAUGCAGCCGGGCCAGACGCGCAGCCCCAGGUGCCCGCGGGCUCGGGCCGGGCUGUGCGGGGGAAGCGGCCCCGGAGCCGGGCUGGGCCGGGCCAGGGACACCGUGCGUGUGCAGGAGGGCCGGGGGGCACCGCUGCCCCUUAGGGUGGAGACCCUACAGGCUCUGAAGGCUGUGUUCUGCUGUUCCGACAUUAAACACGGAUGCUGCCUUGAUGUCUGCGGCUGGAAGAGAAACGUCUGGGUCCCUCCCCUGCUCCUGGGCACCGUGGCUGGGUGCCACCCCGGCGUGGAGCCUGCUGGAGUCUGGCAAAGAGCGCAGAGCACCCGGAGCAUCGGGGGGCAGCCCCCCUUCCUGCCCACCCCCUGCCCGCCUCAGCUCCCCCCGGGGCUCACCCUGCUGAGGGACGCUCCAGGCGUGAGUCUUCUCCCAGUUCCAAGCGUGCGCUGCCUGGCUGGGGCUGAGCAGAGCCCAGGUGCUGCUCCCCGGGACGCGCCAGAGCUCGGGGAACGCGGAAGGGCCAUGCGGGCUGUCGGCAUCCCGGGCUGGCUGCUGCUGCUGCUGCUGCUGCUGCUGCCCGUGCCCCAGGCGGCAGGUGCCCGACCCUGCAUCCCCAAGGAUUUUGGCCAUGGCUCGCUGGUCUGUGUCUGCAACGCCACGUACUGUGACACCCUGGACCCCCUGGUCCUGCCGGCCCCCGGCUCCUACGCCGUGUACGAGAGCAGCAAGGCCGGCAAGCGGCUGGAGAGGAGCGAGGGGAGAUUCCAGAGCAGCCUGCGCACCCCAGGACUGCUGCUGACGCUCAACAUCUCCACGCUGUACCAGCACAUGAAGGGCUUCGGCGGGUCCCUCUCCGAUGCCGCUGCCAUGAACAUCCUGAAGCUGUCACAGCCAGCCCAGGACAACCUGCUGCGCUCCUACUUCUCCCAGAGCGGGAUUGAGUACAACCUCAUCCGGGUCCCCAUGGCUUGCAGCGACUUCUCCGUGCGCCCCUACAGCUACGAUGAUGUCCCCGACGACUACGAGCUGAAGCACUUCAGGCUGGCGGACGAGGACGUGAAGAUGAAGAUUCCCCUCCUGCGCCGAGCUCUGGCCGUGAGCAAGCGGCCGCUGUUGCUGUUUGCCAGCCCCUGGACCGCCCCAGCCUGGAUGAGGAGUAACGGGGAUGUCCGUGGGAAAGGGACUCUGAAGGGGAAGGCAGGGGACAAGUACCACAAGACCUGGGCCAACUACUUCAUCAAGUUCCUGGAUGAAUACGCCAAGCACAACGUGACCUUCUGGGCAGUGACGGCGCAGAACGAGCCACUGGCCGGGCUCUUCACGCCCCCCCAGGCCCCCACCAUCGCCUUCACAGCCGCACAGCAGCGGGAUUUCAUCGCCCAGGACCUGGGCCCCGCGCUGGCGCGCAGCCCCCACCGCACACGGCUCCUCAUGCUCGACGACCAGCGCAUCCACCUCCCACACUGGGCCAAAGUGGUCCUGGGAAAUGCCACAGCUGCCCGUUACGUGGCUGGCCUGGCCGUCCACUGGUACCUGGAUGCCAUCGUCCCGCCCGGCUGCAGCCUGGAAGCCACCCACAAGCUCUUCCCUGACCAUUUCCUCCUCUACACGGAGGCCUGCACCGGCUUCUUCAUGUUCCGCUUCGCCGUGUCUCUGGGCUGCUGGGAGCGCGGGGACCACUACAGCCACAGCAUCCUGACGGUCAUGAACCACUUCGUGUCUGGUUGGACCGAUUGGAACCUGGCCCUGGACCUGGAGGGAGGCCCCAACUGGGUCAAGAACUUUGUGGACAGCCCAGUCAUCGUGGAUGGCAGCAAGGAUGUUUUCUACAAGCAGCCCAUGUUCUACCACCUGGGCCACUUCAGCAAGUUCAUCCCCGAGGGCUCCCGGCGGGUGGGGCUGCACAGCAGCCGCCGCUGCCUCCUCUGCCAGCUGGAGCACGUGGCCGUCCUGCGCCCCGACGGUGCCCUCGUCCUGGUGGUCCUCAACAGGUUUGGCCGGGAUGUGCCGUUUGGGAUCCGGGACCCUGCCGUGGGGUUCAUUGAGGCUGUGGCUCCAGCCCACUCCAUCCAGACCUAUCUGUGGCGCCAGCAGUGAUAGCCAGGGGAGUGCUGGG